GUAGGUCCGGGUAGCUCCAGAUCAAACGCGGAAAGAAAAAGAAAACAGUAGAACUGUAAAAUUACCUCAGACAGACACGAAUAACGUUAAACACAGUCGCGGCACUCCAGUACAAAGACAUAAGAUAACAUCAUGCCAAAAAAGAAAGACAUUGUAAAAGGUGGCGCUCCUAUACCAAGAAUUCGAGAAAACUCGAGACUUAUGCACACACAUGAAACUAUGGUAGAUUUCAUAAGUGGACGUCAUUCUUCAAACUCUAUCCUGGAUGUCUUUGCCUCUGGCUUAUUAGGUUUAGAUUUUUUAAGGACCUUUGAAGGAGAGCUGGAGGAUGAUAUCCUAUAUUCUGACAAUGAUGAUGAGGACGAUGAUUACUAUUGUCCACAACAUGCUGCUCACAGGUCUUUAGAACCACAUCCACGAAUAAAACAACUCACUGACGAGGAGGCUGAUAAACAUGCAAAGGAACUGAAAGAAGAAGAGGAACGACGGAAAGAGAAAACUGAGAAAAACAAGCGUAAGAAAUUGCGUAAAAAAGAAAAGAAACGGAUAGAAAAGGAGAAUGCAGUUAAAAAUAUUUUACCUGAGGAAGAGCAAGGGAAGUCAGACUCUUCAGAAAAUCAGGAAGAAAAUCCUGUUAUUGAAAAUAAUGCAGUGGCAAAUGAAUCUCCUGAAUCUGGUAAAACACAAAAUGGAACUGCGGCGGCUGCAUAUAAUGAGAGCAGUGAUAAUAAUAAAAAAGAACAUUUUGCGGAGGGGAAUAAAAAAGCAGAUGGGGAGCAAAAGCAGGAUUUGGAUUUAAAUAAUUCAAUUUCUUCUACAACAAAAUCGGUGCCUGAGGAGACGUGUAACCAGAGGCCUGCAAAAGAAAGGAAGAAGGAAAAAAAUAAAUUACUGAAAAAGUCCCUGGAGGAAAAGCCAAAGGUUGUAGAAAAACCUGAAAUUCAAAAGAAGGAAGAGAAACCUCAACCCGAUAAAGAGAAAACGAUGGACCCCGCUGCAGAAGAGUUGGCAAAAAGAAGCCGAGAGCUUGCUGGUAUGGGAAAUCGCUUGGCUGCCUCUGGACAGUAUGAGAUGGCCGUGAAGUGCUUUACUGACGCAAUUAAAUACAACCCAAAGGAAUUUAAGUUAUUUGGAAAUCGGUCCCUCUGUUAUGAAAGAAUGCAGCAGUAUGAAAACGCUUACAGGGAUGCUGAUCUAGCUCUCUCCAUGGAGCCAAACUGGAUAAAAGGUUUAUUUAGGAAAGGAAAAGCUCUCUGUGGGCUCAAGAGAUACUACGAGGCCUCGCUGAUCUAUAAGGAGGUGUUGAAGCUGGAAAGUUCGAGCGCUGAAGCCACGCGAGAGCUGAAACGAGCACAGACGUUGCACCUAAUGGAAAUGGGAUUCACCUGGGCGCAGAGCUCCGAGGCCUUGAAAACACACGCCACGUUAGAGGAAGCUGUUGAAGCUCUGUUUGGUGACGACGGUAAUCAGGGUCCUGGAGAUGCCUGUGCCGGCUGGGACAAUACAGACCAACCAGUGGUGCAGGAAGAAGACGACGAUGAGGGGGAGUGGAUUGUCCGACAAACAACUCGUCCUAGAACGCAGCCGGCCAAAGAGUUGGAUGCUUUGGGCCAAAGCAGAUCGAAUUCGAAGUCCCCGACGCCCCGUCCAAGGAAUUAUGUCAAACCUGAUCUUUUCCCCAUUUGGGUUGGAUCCUUGGCUCCUGCUGUCACCUACUCAACACUCCACGAGCUCUUCAGCAGAGCUGGGACGGUCUACAGCAUCAAGAUGCUGCUGGAACACCAGUGUGCCUUUGUGAACUACGCCAAAAAAGAAGACUGUGACAGAGCCAUCCACUGUAUUAAUGGAAUGGUGGUAGAGGGCGCUCCACUCUCUGUGCGAUAUCCCAGUAAAAUCCCCGUUGGACUAGGUAUGUCCAGAGCGGCCGCCACUGACCCAUAUUCUCGCCCCGGCCCGUACAAGAAGGAGUGCUUUUUCUGGAGGACCACCGGCUGCAUGAGGCAGGACUGCACCUACAGACACGUCCCAGAGCACAAGCACAUUGACAAGGACAAAUUCACCAGUAGACUGGGAAAUGUGAACAUGUAGGAAAUCAAAAAAUUAUAAGCAUGCAUCGUUUCCUUUGACAUUUGAACAGUGCUUGUUCCAAACUGGGCUGCUUUCAGUCGCCUCGGUUUCUUCUCGGUUUUGGUUCUUGUGAAGUUUUGGCGGCAAAAAAGACUAAUUGUGUUCAGAUUCGGUUGCGUGUUUUUUUGGAAAUGUUUGCACCAUGAUGGCCAAUCAUUGUAAGAAUACAAAGGAAACCCCAAGCUACAUUAUAUUAAUAAUUUAUGUGCAUCAAGCUUUGAACAUUCUUUUGCAAUAGGAGUUUGUCAGGGAUUAUGUGUGAUUAGCUAAUCUGUUUAAAGAUUGUGUUAAAACACGUGAUUUUUUACUUUGUUGCUUUGCUAUUGUUUUAAAAUUGAUGUAACAGAUCUUUCUGUUUGUUGUUUUUUUUAGUUACCACCAGGUGGCACUGUUACCUUUAUCCCUCAACUUUGGGGCUGCAAAGAAUUCUUUCUUUUUAAGGCUGUGAUUGAUGAGCAGUUAUGCUAUCGGCACAUUGAAUGUGUUAGGUUUCAUUUUGAAAGUCUGCCCUGUAAUAUGAUUGCUGGGGCAUUGGGUUUGUUUAGAUCGGGUUGAGUUCAGUAGUUAUGUAUAUUAUGUAUACCUUUUUUCUUUUCUUUUUUAUGUCAUGUCUGUUGGAGGAAUGGUUUUAAGUGUAGUGAUGUUUGGACACAAAUAAGUGCCUUUUAGUAGCACUGUGGCUGCAGGUUAUCAUGGGUCAGCCCCAGAGGGAAUUAAAGCCUCAACUUUGAAAGAGUGUUGAUGUCAUGCAAUACAUUGCUAUAUACAGUACAAGACCAAAGACUGGUGGAACAGUAUAGAUGGGCCUGGAUGACUCACUACAAAGAAUAAUAAAGUCAGCCCCAUGAUAAGCUGCAUGACGCUAAAGCAUGAUUUGUGAGCGGGAUUAUUCAAGCCUCAGCAUGUAACUCAAUGUAAUUUGGGAUAUUACUACGAAGAUGAGAGGCCCAGUGGUUUUUACUGCCCCACCACUAAAACAUAACCAGAUUAAUCCCAGCAGCAGCUGCAUAUCCUGUUGCAGUGUCCUUGAGCGAGAAUCCCUCAUCUCAGGUCAGCCCGAGUUAGAGCAAAGUGCCAGGAAAACGCUUGAAAAGUAACUAUUGUCCCUGAGAUUUUAUCUGAAGCGAGGUUCUUCUAAGCCUUAAAUGCCUCGCUUCAAUCCCCCUGACUGCGUCUCCUCUCACUUAAUGUGGGUGGGAUUUGUGUAGAUCCCUCUUCCCUAAAGCCUGGCAGGUUUGUUAUUUGACUCGAGCAUUUCAAGGCCACUUUUGUGACUCCUGUUAUGCAAUGUUUGAGGUGUGAAUUACAAAACGUUCCCAGAGAGCUGAAUAAUUACCUAAAAACGAGGUUGAAGCGGGGGAAAAAAAAAAGUUGAGGCAUUUAGCUGUGAAAAGUGCUUAGUCUUGACCUUACAGGCAGAACAGCUGUUCUUGUGGGCAUUAAUUGGCUGACAGUGGCAUACCUCCCAAAGCCCUUCUGAUCUGUGUGAGAUUUGAAAGCAUGAAAGGCCUGUAAUACUAAUAACAUGAACUCUGGUUGAACCCAUAGAAAGCACUGGGACAUUACUAACUUGCAAAAUGGGUCUAUAUUUAAUCUUAUUGGUCUGUUUGGCUUUGCCCUGCUAGAAACCUGUUCAAAUGCAGAUAAAGACUGAUAAGAGGUUAGCGAUCAUCAACAUCCCACCACUCCUGGGCCCGGACGAAGCCAAUCCCUUACUUAACUAAAGCAAACACCAGGAAGAUUAAGUGCAUCUUGUUAAAAGGCUGCAUGGUUUGUAGAGCUUUCAACAGAUUUCUCUCCCUCUCAACAGAAGGGGGAAAAAAGAGAACACACUAACAGAAAUGAACCAGCAGACAUGACAUUUUGCUCUCCCAUUACUUGCUUUUUGAUAUAUGGCUAUGCAGCAAAAAAAGGCCUCCUCACUCCCCUUCUAGAGAAGUUUGGAGUUGGAGUAAUUGAGUGCAUUGCUUUUAGCGCAGGGAUACAUAAUCACAUUUUUAUUCUAAUUUUGUGGUUUCUCUCCGCUGGUAAAUAAACGUUUGAUGUUACACGAGGGAGUAGCUGACUCACGGCGUAUAUCAACCGUCUGAUUUGUUCCUCAGGAAGCCAAAAUAAAUGCUCCGCUGCAGCUUUGCAGCCGCUCAGCUUACAGGCCUCUGCUCGAACCUCCUAACCUUCCCAGCAGGGCUGCUGCUGCUGUUUGCUUGUCCUUUUUUAAAGGAAUGACCCUUAAAACAUUUCAGUGUGUGUAUUUAGGAGCAUAAAGUUAUCCUUUUAUUUAUUUGUAUGCUUUAUUUCCAACAAAUUCUUGUUGUGAUUGAUGUGGUCCUACGUGAGCCUGCAAUUAUCUGCCCGAAGUUUUGAGUUAUAUCACAGGAGAAAUGUCUGCCUGUACGGUGUGCUUUUUUAAAAGUGGGCAGGGUAUUUCUGUGCAACAGUCAAGAUUUAGCGAUAUUUACAUCUAAACCGGAUGACAGCUGUAGGGUUUUUACCAAAUGCGGUUAAUCAAAUGUUAUCCCAAGAAGACUAGUUGGGUUUUUGAGUGUUCAAAUAAAAAAAAUUAUAGUUAAGUGUGUUUUUUCUCUCCUCUCAACCUUCUUAUUUAUUUAUUAAGGAAUAUGUACAGAGAAAUACUCCAGACCUAGAUUUUGUUUCGUUGCUACUGGAAAGUCAAAAAUCUCAUUAUGCCAAGAUGACCUACUGUAUAAUAUAAAAGGUGACCUAUAGUAUUCUUUACUUUGAAAUGUAGAAUCUAUUGUGUCUGCAGAUUGUAAUGAAUGCGAUAACUAAGAUUAACAAGAUGUUAAGAUUGUAGACUCACACAAUAGGGAGGCAUCUGCUUCACUGCCGUCUCCUCUCAAGCCUUUGCUGGAUUCCUUUGUUGCACUGUGGAAAUGAUUACAGUAAUUGUCACAAUGAGAAAUUGACCUUCACUUUAAUCUAGACAGAGGCCCCCUUAACAAGUUAAAAUAGCGCAAACCCAAUUAGGGAAUUGAUUGCUUGCUUUCAUUUUCCUCAUUUGCAUCGGGUCAUAUAGGGAAGAUAAAUUAAUGUCUAGUCUUUUGUCCACACUGUCAUUCCUGGUUGGGGAGUAGCUAUUGCUAAGAAGUGAGCAGGAGAAAAGUCUUUUGUCUACCGUCAACGAACUCAUCUCUGAUAAUCUGCUGUUAAACACCCACAGAAAGAAAGACCUACAGGAAAUUAAUAAAUCCUCACGCUUUCAUACUGCUGUACCAAUACAGGCGUUUUUAUGUUAAUGAGAUCAUUUGUCUCUUUCUGCAUAAGUCUACUUUGUCAUAUUUAAAGUCGUAUUACAGGUUUUGAAUGUGAUUAUCAUGUUUAUUGGUUUCCAUGCAUUCCACUAUGGUUUAAAAAAAAAAAAAAGACCAAAACCAACAAUACAUUAGUCUGUCUCUCAACACUUUUCUAUUUCUUUACCCAGUCUAUGGCAAUGUGCCCCAAGCCCUACUGGUUCCUACAAAAUAUGGAAAUCUUUAUAUUAUCUCCUCAUACUCUCAUUGAAAAAAGGCUCAAUCAUUUCCUAGAACAGGUGGGCACUGUAGUUUUCAGCAAAUGCUUGUCAAAUAGAAGUAAAUAUUGAACGUUGGGGACUAUUUUCAGCUGUGGAUUAAUACACAGUUGGUACUCUGUUAGUAGGUACAGCAGCAGUAUGGUGUGUGUGAGUCAAAAUAAACCGCUUUCAUCUUAAAGGGGAGCUCUACUGAUUUUACACCUCAAAGUCUGUUUACAGGUCUUGGGAAUAGUGCAUAUGUAUGUGGGGGAAAAGGUUGUGUAAAGCCUUUUUGUGGCUACAGAGGGAGCUGCACGCAGUCUGAUAAAUUGACUCAAGUGAUGUCACUCGAGUCAGUUAGAAAGAAGUGAGUUUACCAGACCGCUGUAGCCAACUCCUCGUCUCUCUUUAAGGCUAUGUUAGCCGCAAAAAAAGAUCUCUGGUCCUGAUUUUGAUUCUUUUUUUUUUUUUUAAACUAUCAUGAAGCUGAUUAUUAUAGAAUGCAAUGUUAAAUCAGUACAUAACUCUUACUCUAACAUCACCCAGUGCAACUGUGCGGCUCAUGUGUUUUUAAUAGUUUUUGGAGCUCUAUGGCACAGAGGAAUAAUAUUAUGUAGGCUCGGAUACACACGCAAUACAUGUUAGUAGGAUCAAUUCAUUGUUGGUUUUGGUCUUUUAUUGGGAUUUGUUGACAAAAAGGAAAAAUAUAAAAUAUCACCAGACUUAUCCAUGGUUGCCUUGGAAGGAGGAAGAAGCAUUCAACAAAUCGAACCCACUACAGAAUGGUUUAAACUAUGGUGAGCAGUUUUAUGAUGGGUUAACGUGAAAACUGGAAUGGUCCUAAUAACACCCUUGCUUUCAUUUUUCAAUGUUGAAUUAAACUGUCUGACUGCAUC